GAUAUUUUUUUAUUUAGGCCCAGCAUGUAACCUUCCACUUGCUGUAUUUUAUUUUCAAAUCAAAGUCAUUUUUCAAAGUCCAUUGAAAUUCAAAUUUGUGAAUAUAAGCGGUGUGUAUUUAUUUUUUCCGGUCUAUUUCCCGUUGUGUGUCCGAUCGUUUGGUUUCGUGAAGAUUUUGUGCACAUAAUGGGAAGCCUACAUAUAGCGUCUCGUUUGGCCAUGGUGAUCAUCUUCCACGCGGCUGGUGCUGGGCUGGCUGCUCCCAGCGUGCUGGUGACAAGACUCUCCAGGUUAUCAGUGGACUGGCUGCCGAUGGACAACCAGACGUUGUAUGUGCUGGAGGAUGGGGAGUAUAGGAAUUUAGAGUUAAACACGUCGUUGAUCUCACAGAAGGUGGUAUACAUCACCAUCAGUCCAUGCUCCAGGAGCAUCCACUGGGCGCUGUACAACGGACCACCGGGCCGAAAUGAUGCCCAGUUAAAUCUAGUACGCGAGUACGGUGGGAGUGAGAUGCAAACAGUAGCAGUUAUGGUGUACAAGCGAGACAGAUAUGUUUUACAGCUAUCAGCCAGCAAGAGCGGCGCUGUGGCGGUGAGCGUGCGAGGGGAGGCACCGCGGCUGGUGCGAUCGCGACUACGCGUGCGCUCGCGCAGACGGCUGGCCGCUAAUUGGGAUGCCAGCCCCAUAGACCCUCAAGAGACGACGUACUGUGUGGUGGCAUCGCAUCGUAAAAACUACACGUCGCUCUGCGCCGCCCAGUACGAUGCAAAGAUCAGUCGGUCCGAUAACAAAUCGGUCCGAUCCAACGAGAGAUCCAACGAGGAUGUCGACAACCAAAUUGAUAGCUACGAUAUAUUCGACGGGAGGAAGAAUAAUUACAGGCGGAAAAAGUUUGGUCGGAGUACGAGAGUAUCAGAUGCGGAUCCAGUCGUAGCCUGCGUUGGAGACAGGACACACCAUCUGAUUGAAAACCUGGACACUAGUCGAACAUACUUCAUCAGCGUGUUCGGCAUAGCUCGCGACCGUCGUGCUGGGAACUUCCUGACCUCGGGAACCGUACGCCCGCGUACGUCCACCGCCAGGAGACUGAGAGAAAACACUGCCUUCAAGGCGGACAUUAAGGGGAAAAAUGUAUUUUAUUUCAAGUCACUAUUCAGCAAUGGAAUAUGGCUGGCAGUAUCUACUUGUGGCGGUUCAGUCGAUGUGGAAGUCUCCGCUAAGGGUAAAAGGCUAUACAUCAUCAAAGACAUUGAACCCCAUUCAAAGUUCUUUGUACCAGCACCUAUACCAACGACCUCUAUGCAGGAGACGAGCGACGAAAGCUCAGUCCAGUUCGACUCCAGCUCGGAAGAGUCCAAGAUAAGAUACGUCAUACGAGUUAUACCUAAUAAAUACUAUAUAGACGGAACUGUGACGGUCGAGCUAACAGCCUCGACCUCACGAUGGGGCAUGAGCACUCCAGAGCUGAUGGAAGAUGGAGCCACUGUGAGGGAGCUACGACCGCGGCGGUCCUGCAAAUCGGUUGAUGUCGCCUUCUUACCAGCCACACAUAAUGCUACUGAUGUUAUACGAUAUUGCAUCUUGGCGCGAGAGAUGAGUGACAACGAUGGCAUCAUCUGUGCACUAUCCAAGAGGUCUUCAACUAAGGCACAAUGCAUCAGCCACAUGCAGAGACCUCCAACCAGAGUCAUUAUCCAGAAAGUGGCGGGACUGAAGGCUGGAAGGAAAUAUGCCGUACAAGUCACAGCUUCUAACAAAGGGAGCUUGGUUCCGUACAAUAUUCUAUACGUGGACACAAACACUACUUGCUGAAAUGAAGUGUGAAGCGAAAAAUCAGUAUUAAACUUUUGUCAGUGUGAAUUUUUACAAGUUUU